CCUAAUGUAAUGUUUUCAUCCAACGCGCAGCCAACAACAUGCUCUUACGGCCGCCGAUCGAAGGCAAAUGAAGACGAAGUUUUUAAACUGCGUCGGUAAACUUUUUUUUCAACGACCGAGCAUUGAAGGAGGAUAUUAUAGUGUUUUCGGGGAUUGCGGAUCAGGAGCAGCUUCCGUUGAGUGUCACUAGGCCCACUGACCCACAUUCGGGAGUGCGCUCGAGGAAGUGCGCGCAUGAAAUUCAGCAUUGCAUUUCUCAUUAUUGCACCGUGAAAUUAUUCAUCGCAGCGCUGUUUUGUGACCUGGUGGCUGACAGGAGCUGUCCGGGGACCUGUGUGUGUUUUACGGCUCUCAGGUUGGCAAGUCCUAUUCACCAAUGUCUUCCCAAUGUGGAACGUUUAUUUUACCCCAGAUUGAUCCAUGAGACAGCAUUACCAUGAGCUCCAGAGACAGGGAUGAUGACAGUAUUUUUGAUGCGCUGAUGGAGGAAGAUGAGAAGGAUAAGGCUAAAAGAGAUUCGAGAAAUAAGUCAGAGAAGAAAAGGCGAGACCAGUUCAAUGUCCUAAUUAAAGAACUUGGCACCAUGUUGCCCGGCAACACUCGCAAGAUAGACAAGUCCACCAUCUUGCAGAAAAGCAUUGAUUACCUGCGCAAGCACAAAGAAAUUGCUGCGCAGUCUGAGUCGAGUGAGAUCAAACAGGAUUGGAAACCACCGUUCCUUAGCAAUGAAGAGUUUACACAGCUGAUGCUAGAGGCGCUGGAUGGGUUCUUCCUAGUAAUGCUGACCGACGGCAAUAUCGUUUACAUCUCUGAAAGCGUCACCUCUUUGCUUGAGCAUCUGCCUUCAGACCUGGUGGAUCGGAACCUUUUGAACUUCCUUCCUGAGGGAGAGCAUGCAGAAGUUUAUAAAGUGCUGUCCUCCCACCCAGAAACUGAAAACCUCAGCUCUUGUUACCUCAAGUCCAAGAACCAGAUGGAGUUUUGUUGUCACAUGCGCAGAGGUUCUGUGGAUACAAAGAAACCGCAUGUGUACGAAUACGUCACGUUUAUUGGCAACUUUAAAUCCCUUGCCAAUAUGCCUCAGUCAAAACGAAAUGGCAUUCAGGGAAUUUUACAGCGUUCAUUGCAACCAGCAUUUGACGAUAAAGUCUGUUUUAUUGCGACUGUGAGGCUUGCCAAACCCCAAUUCAUCAAAGAGAUGUGCAUGGUGGAGGAGCCCAAUGAAGAAUUCACAUCUCGACACAGUCUGGAGUGGAAGUUCCUUCUGUUAGAUCACAGAGCGCCACCGAUCAUUGGCUAUAUGCCUUUUGAGGUGUUGGGGACAUCAGGCUAUGACUAUUAUCAUGUAGAUGAUCUUCAUUCACUGGCCAAAUGCCAUGAACAUUUAAUGCAGUUUGGAAAAGGGAAGUCGUGCUAUUAUCGCUUUUUGACUAAAGGGCAGCAGUGGAUUUGGCUUCAGACUAACUACUACAUCACCUAUCACCAGUGGAACUCCAGACCGGAGUUCAUCGUGUGCACACACACUGUUGUGAGUUAUGCUGAGGUGCGAGCAGAGAAGAGGAGAGAGAUGGGUAUAGAGGAGUCUCCCCCUGAGCUAACUGGAGUCAAGCUGUCUCAGAAUUCUGUGUCUGAAUCACAGAACACCCCCAGUCUGAGGGAGGUGCUGGAGCGUUUCAGUAACAGCCACACUCCCUCCACUUCCUCACAGAGCUCCCGCAAAUCCUCACACACCGCUGCCUCUGACAACACCUGCACCUCCACUCCCUCUAAGCUACAGAUGGAGGUUAGCACUUCGCCCCGGACCACCACUGUUGACAUGACACCACAACGCCGUUCCUCUGUCAGCACACAGUCCAUGAGUUCCCAGAACACCACUCUGACUGACUCUCCAGUGCAAAUCAGCCAACAACAACCACAACAAACACAGCCCCAGCAGCAGGUUCAGCCUAAUGCCAUGUUCUCUGUGCAGUUGAAUGCGAUGCAGCACCUGAAGGAGCAGCUGGAGCUGAGGACACAAAUGAUAGAAGCAAACAUUCAGAAACAGCAGGAGGAAUUAAAACAGAUCCACGAGCAACUGCAGAGAGUGCAGGGACAGGGGGCUCAGGUGAUACUGCAGCAGUCAGGCGGGCAACUCAGCAUGCAGCUGCCGCAAGUCAGUGGAGCACAAACAAGCAUUUUAGGGGUUGGGACACAGGCUGGGGUCGUAGCUAUACAGGGUCAGAAUGUGACAAGUACAGCACACAGCGGGACUGUCCCACAGCAACAAGUACUUCCACAGCAGCAGCCUCCACGUUCCCUGCCUCAUAACCUACAGAGCUCCUCUGUAACACAGCAUGGUCCAGUAUAUAACACCAUGAUGAUCAGCCAGCCUGCUAAUGCCAAUGUUGUGCAGUUACCCAGCAGCCUGGCACCAAAAAUCAAUCAGGGCAACACAAUAAACAGGUUUCCCGCAGGGCAGCAGUUGGUCACCAAGAUAGUGACGGCUCCAGUGGCGUGUGGCACUGUCAUGGUACCUACAACAAUGUUUAUGGGUCAGGUAGUGACCGCUUACAGCCCUUUUCCACAGCAGCAAGGUCAGACGCAGACCAUAGCACUGCAGACUCAGCCCAAUGUGACUGCAGAACAACAGACUCAAGUUACAACAUUACAAUCAAAUCAACAGCAGGGGGCAACACAACAACAGACAAAACAGCAGCAACAGUUUUUGCAGAGCUUUCUCCAUGGCAACCAAUCUGCACAACUGAUCCUGCAGGCUUUCCCUAUUCAGCAGCAAGGCACAUUUACUCCCUCACAACAACAACAGCAAACACAACAACAACAGCAACUUCAGCAAUUGAAGCCACAAACUCAAAAACAGCAAAAAACUUCCUCCUCUCACCAGACAGAUAAAACUAGUGCCCAGUCUCAGUAGCAUGGAUGAACACAACAGCCAGUCAGAUGGAAUAGCUGGGUCACAUGUCUCAUCUGGGUGUUUGUUGGACAGAUGCUGGACUGAUUGCCAACCCUCUUCCUGGCAAAUUCUUACAAACUGUUUAUGAGGGUAGAAGUGCCAAGCUCCUUAUUUAUUUCAACUGAAAGCAAAGGGCUGCUAGCCUUACAUGGUCUUUCAGUGUAAACAGCCCAAGGAACUGAGUCUGUCUGUACAGUCCCGUGUAAAUAGACAAACAAAAACAUAUUCAAAGAUAUUGAAUAUUUUUUAUGCUGCAUGGAAAGUUUAAACUUUCAUUUGUAGUGUACUACUAGUUUUAUGAUUUCCAUUUUUAAGUAUUAUUUUUUGGGUUCAAGUUUAAAAUGUUUAUAUUAUGCGUAUAGUGAUGCUUUAAACUUUUGUCCUUCCCUGACGAUAGCCUCGUUACAUAUAGUUAGGGUGGUGUAACGGUUUGUUGUGGAGGUUUUCAGAGACACUAAGGUAAAUUUUGUACCUUUAAGUUAUUGUACCCUGUGUCUCUGACUCGUACAAACAGAUUGUCCCAGUUUCAUUGAACAUUUGAUGCUGAGAAAUCUAAUUUGACGUGAAGUUUUCCAAUUUAAGUGCCAAAAUUGAGUUACUUUGUUUUAAAAAAAACAAAACAAACAUGCUUCUUCCAGGUUGUGCGUGUUGAAUGUUGAUUUGCUUUUUAGCUGAGUCAUAGUCGUCUUCUAAAAAGUUGUGCUGUGCACCUUUCCCCAUUUCUUAUAGCACUUACUGUGUUGAUACACACUAAAUCCCUCUAGUGAUUGUGAUAUAUUGGUCUUUUUGAGUUUUUGUGUGUGUGCAUGGAUGUACUUAACGUGUGUUUCUCAAAGAACAUUUAACGUGUCGUGAAUGAGCUUUUCAAUCCUCGUUUAUAAAUAUUCUGUUUUCCCUCGUGCUUUUGGGAGCUAUGCAAGAAGCCGCAUACAAGGCAAAGCAUUUGUGUAUGUGUGACUGAGAAACGUUUAGAGUACUGUUGACAUUUUCGAUACAGUUUUCAAGAAAAUGAUGAUUAUAUUGUCCUUAUUUUAGUUUCAAUUUUAAAGUUAUAAUUGAAACUGAAGCAGGGUUAAUGUGCAGUUUUGGAGUCUUAAACUUGAAGGGUCUUCGUUGUGUGUGCAUGUGUGUGACAGAGAGAGAGAGAGAGAAAGUGUAGGCUAUUGUAUCAAUAACCAUUUGUGAUGCUUCCAAUUUCGCUGUGUGGGUCAUGUAUUUCCCCCCAAGCGAUGACCAAUCAGUUCUUGCGUUGCAGUAACUCAAUAUUCUAGAUGUCUCCCCAUUGGCUUGUUUGCUAUAUACCUCAGAAAUCCAUAUUGUUGAAAAAGGUUUUAUAUAAGAAAUAUCCAAAGCAAUUUUAUUUUCAUAUGGUAAAGGACUAAGAGUAAACAGUCUGGCUGUGUGUGGACCGGUAGCACUGUUAAAAGAGCAGUAUGAGUUAAAGUGUUCAUGGUUUAUGGUUCUAAACCAAUUUUAACAUAUAGAACAAGUGUUGAUCUGUGGACUUCCAAUUUGUGAAGAUGCUGAUCAAUGUGUCAUCUUUCCCCGAUCUAUCCCGUUCUCUUUCAUAGUUGUGUUAUUUGUGUCCCAUAAGAUUUUUCGUGCACUGAAACCCCCAAGUGUGUUAGUUGUUACUUUUGAACCGAUUUGGUUCAUAGUGUGUGUACAAUCAGUCCCAUCCAAAAAGCUACUGACCGGUUAAAGAGAGGCUUGAUUAGGACUUUGCAUAACAUUCCUGAUCAUAUCAACCUUCUGUAUACAGAACUGCCUUUUAUUUGUGUACACUUUGUAUUUCUGUCCAACCAGAUGAUUGUGUUAAUUACAGAGUUGAGUGGUUAAUAUUACAAUAAUAGUAAAAAUUCAUCAUAGAAAAUAAGAUGAAGUAAAUUAUUAUUUGUUUUUUCAGUGAACAUGAGUAUGGUAUAUUCACCCCUUAUAAUAUCAUGUUUUAAUCCAAAAAUGUGUUCGCUCUGUUCAUUCUGAAUUGCUAUGCGCAUGAUGUAUUAAACCACCGUGUCACCACCAACAAAUGUUCGCAAAGCAAUCCUAUUAUCCUCAAUGUGACUGAAUUUGUAAGCAUUGUCCUCUGUCUAUUGACCAAAAACUGACCCUUUUCCCUUCACGAUAUUCAGCCUUGAAUUAAAGCAAACAAUGUUAUUUACAUUCGCUUAUGACAAGUGAUACUGAAGUGUCUUGCUUUUGCAUUUUUCCAUAAAGAAAAUAUACAAUUCAUACAAUACAAAUUCUUUUUUACAUUUUAUUUUAAUUUAGUCUGUAUCAAAAGCAUUACAUCAUUCCCUUCUGGCCCUCUUCCUUCAUUCAUAACAUAUUCUACAAGAUGAAAAAAUAGCUACACAUCAGAUAUUUACAUAGUCAAAUCUAAAAUCUCAAAGCAAUUCAAGUUAUUUGUCACAGUCAACAUUCAAAAACAUUUCACUUCUUUUUUUUUGGAGACCGGAGUCCUGUUCUUCAAACAUAGAGGUUUGAUAUGUAUCUUGGUUUAUGCAGAGUUGUCCUGAAACUUCAGCUAGCCAGGUUAGCCAUGUUCAAGGAAUGGAACUCAUUGUCUUAUUAUACAACAAAUGUUAACGUGCAAUCCAAAUAGUAUAAUGUCAGUUUUGCACAGCAAGAACCUUUUAUGUAUGCCAUGUGUAUAAUAUUAAAAAUCUCAAAUGCAAAUCAAAUGUUCAAUUCCAAACUUAAAAAAUUAGCCAAAACAAGCAUGUAAACAUCUCCUAUGUGUUUGUGUUUUUUUUUUUUUUCCUUUUCUUUUAUAAGUCUAACAGAAGAGGUCUUUUAUAAGAGCUUGCAGAAGAGGUGGAAAUCUAGUAGACAAUGAUACAAUGUAACAUUACAAAUCAAUAAUGCAUUAUAACAGUGAGAAAGUAAUUACACAUGCUGAAACUAGUAGACAAAUGCAAGAUAUGCAAGUAUGGUAACCUCAGUCCAUUGGCAUUACAUAAGUGCUUAUGAUAAUGAAACAUUAAACAGGACUCACUUUGGGUUCAAUGUCGUUACCACUGAUCUAUCAUACUGUUCGGUCGAAUUAAGUAUUUGCCAUUGUUCACCCAGUCAAGAACGAAAACGGAAGAGCACACAACAUGACGUCAUUACAUAGUGCAGUGUGUGUGACUAUGAUGUCAUCAGAAGAGUAAGUCAUUUAUCUAAAUGUCUGUUGAGGUAACAUUGUUCAAUUCUACAUCUACAUGCUUGCCUGGCUCAGGAUGAUGCCAUGGUCGUGCAUCCAAAAUACUAUGCAGAUCAAUACAAUAAAAUGGAGACCAGCUGCAUUUAGAAAAAUGCAUUAGCAACUACAAGCAGUUACAUGGCUGGACAUACUGGGCAGCAAGUCUUGAGUAAUUUGAAACAUCCUGGAAGACAAGGCCAAUGGAUUAACAUUGAGCCAAACAGAGAGCAGAGAAGCCUAGGGAUUGCCCUUUAUAAGUCACACUUAAAGACCCCAUGAAAUAAAAAUGGGAGUUGUAUGGCUGGUUAUAGGGUUGCCACCUUCAAUAUAGAAAAAUAAGGGACGCCUGGGGGGGGACACCCGGGACACCCCUUGGGGCCACGAUGACCACAGGUCCGAUGACGUGCCAGUGGCGGUAAAUCGCAACUUAAAACAUGUUUUCAUAAGGUGGCGUGAACACAGAUUUUGGAUAAAAUAUUUGUCAUUGUUUGCAGACAGUAACACCAUCCAAACAGUGAAACCACAUAAUAAAUAACCGAUCUACAAACAUUUCUAAAUUCAUGUAAAACACAAUUUUUUUAUUAUUAUUGGUAAGUUAAUCUAUUUUAUAUAGUCUAUUGUUAAUUCUACAGUAGCCUAUUGAAGAAUGCAAUCAUUUAAAUUAGUUAAGUUGUUUAUUUGCUUCACAUAGGAACUAUAUUUUUAUUAUUAAAUAUAUCUCUCUUAUCUGUUAUUAAAAUAAUGCUUAUGUGUCUGAUUGUACGCCUUAACCGUAAUAAACAAAUCGGUUAAUUAACAAAUACGUUGUCCGUCAGUAUGUCUACUAUUUACUUGCUUGUUCGGCUUGAGCAGUCUUUGUUGGUUCUGACUUCUGACACCAUGUUUCAUGUUCAUAAAGGAGACUCGUGAUGGGUCAAACACUAGCUUUUAUUUUAGCUCCCUUAACAUAGCCAUCCUCGUGCAUUUUAUGUUUUUACACACUUCUUCUCCUUGCCUCGCCCCCUUCCUAAGAUAGCUCACUGGUGCCCUCUAUUGGCUGACCUAUAUCGUAACAUUUACAAUAAGGCUCAUUAGUUAACUACAUUAAUUAACAUUAACUAAUAAUGAACUGCACUUAUACAGCAAUUGUUUAUCUUUGUUCAU